AUGCGUCUCGCCAAACUCUCGUUUCUCCUCCACGCUCUGCUCCUGACCGCUGUUGCGGCUCAGGUCCAGAAGCGGGACUCCAGCAACCUGGUCUCUGACAUCGUUGGCACUAACGACUCUGCCACUGCGUCCGAUGCUGCCGCUACCACCACUUCUGCCGAAGCCACCACUACAUCGGAAACACCAACAACCACCUCGGAAACUUCCUCGACCUCAACAUCAACCUCUACAUCCUCCUCGACCAGCGAAGAGCCCACCACCACUACCUCCACCACCUCCACCACAUCGGACGCUGCCCAGACCACCGCUGCACAGCCCGCCAAAACCACCAGUUCAGAGGAAAGUGCCAAGACCACUUCUACUUCUUCCUCCGAAGACCAGAAGAAGACAACCUCGGCUUCGACCACCUCGACCACCCAGACUCCAGUUGUGGAAACCAUCACCUCGUACGAGACCAUUAGCGGAAGCACCUUGGCUAAUGUGGUGACCACUACAUCUACCCCAGCUGCUGCCACUAGCACUGCUGGCCUUAACGCAGACAGUUCGUCCUCUGGCAGCAGCAGUGGCCUGUCUUCCUCCGAUAAGAAGAUCAUCAUCGGUGUCGUCGUGGGUGUCGGAGGUGCGAUCGUCCUGGGUGUCCUGGCAAUUGUCAUCUGGCGCAUCCAAAAGAAGCGCAGUGAGGCAUACGGUGAUGAGGAUACUGAUCUGAUGGGUGGCACUGCCGUUGGCUCUGGGCCUCGUGAAAAGGCUUCCAGCCCGUCAGGUGGCACCCCCUUCAAGAGUACACUGGACCAGUACCACAACCCUGGUCCCGUCAACGCUGCAUCGAACUUCUAA